GCAAUUUAUUGUUUGAUCAAUUGAUUUUUAGCACAAAUUAAAAUUCCUUAAAUUUCAUGAUGAUUAAAAUUAAUUCAAUAAUUUUUAUGAUCUUUUUGAUCGUAGGAUUAUCGAAUGGUUUUUUACGAAAUAAUCUUUAUCCAUCAACUGCACCGGCUAAUCUAUUUUUACAAUCAAUAGAAUCAAAACCAUUAUUUCUAACACCGUACAUUGAAUCCGGUCAAUUGAAGGAAGGACGUAGCUUAAGUAAAGUUGUUGGCUUACCUGAUCUUCAAUUGGAAAGUUAUUCCGGAUUUCUAACCGUAAACAAAACAUAUGAUUCAAAUAUGUUUUUCUGGUUUUUUCCUGCCUUGUCAGGAAAAACUGAUGUUCCUGUUUUACUCUGGCUUCAAGGUGGUCCUGGUGGAUCUUCACUGUUUGGUUUGUUUGUCGAAAAUGGUCCGAUUAAAGUGUCGGUAAACGGGAUGCCUUAUAUGAGUGAUUAUACCUGGAAUCGUGAAUUUGCCGUUUUAUACAUUGAUAAUCCGGUCGGUACGGGCUUUAGUUUCACAAAAGAUGAUCGUGGUUAUGCUACCAACGAAGUGGAUGUUGCCGAAAAUCUUUAUGAAGCUUUACGACAAUUUUUCACUCUUUACUAUGAAUAUAAAGGAAAUCCAUUUUUUCUAACUGGUGAAUCAUAUGCUGGAAAAUACGUUCCAGCCAUCGGAUAUAAAAUUCACACCAUGGGCGAGGCUGCUAAGAAAUCCGGCAUAAAUCUUCAAGGUUUCGCAAUUGGCGAUGGAUUUUCCGAUCCAAGACAUAUGUUUGAUUAUGGUGAUUAUCUUUAUCAGGUUGGCUUAGUUGAUGAAAUUCAACGGGAUCAUUUUAAACAAGAACAACGAUUGGCUAUAAAAUAUGUUGAAAAUGGACAGAUGAAAAAAGCAGCCGAAAUAUUUGAUCGCCUUUUGGAUGGUGAUUUUGAUAAGAAAUCAUAUUUUCUCAAUGCAACUGGUUUAAAUUUCUAUUACAACAUUCUUUAUGAUCGACAACCAGAUGAUUUUAAUUAUUAUUCGAAAUUCUUGGCAUCAGCUAAAACACGUGAAUCAAUACAUGUGGGUAAUUUACAUUAUGGUGAUGAUUCUGUUCUUGUUGAAGAACAUCUAAUCAAUGAUAUGAUGGCCAGUGUAAGCCCAUGGAUCGAGCAAUUAUUGGAUGCCAAUUAUCGAUUAUUGUUUUACAGCGGACAAUUGGAUAUAAUCGUAGCUGCACCAUUGACUGAAAAUUUUCUAAAACAUCUAAAAUGGAAAGGAUCAAAUGAAUAUCAUUCGGCUCAACGUUCAAUUUAUCGUGUUAGCCCAAAUGAUCCAUCAGUUGCCGGCUAUGUACGACAAGCCGGUAAUCUUUAUCAGGUUAUCAUUCGAAAUGCUGGCCAUAUAUUACCGUAUGAUCAGCCAAAAGUAGCAUUAGAUAUGAUAACACGUUUUGUUAAAAAUGAAUCAUUUUAAUCAUUUUUAAUCAAUAAAUGAUGACUAAUUAAUAUUACAUGA